AUGCCCCGAGCAUUGAAUAUAGCAGGCGAUGAGGCAAGCCCCAUCUGCGGCCAAUGCACGAGGUCGAGGAGAUACUGCGCGCGUCCACAAAAGUCAUCUAGAUGGUUGGCAUAUCAUCAUCCAUCAGAAUCUGCUGCUGCUGCUAACGGUGCGUUUGAACCGUGGUCAAGCCUUUUUGUAUAUUUUCAAAACUUCCUUCUCCAUCUCCCCGCAUUCUUCCCUUGUCCCCCUGAUCUCAAAAUCUCAUCUCCUGAGCUAACCGAGCCGCCACAUUCCGCAGGAGCCGCUGGAAGAACCAGAUUCCCAUCUCCCGAGAGUCCCCGAGAUGCUCUUGAGUUGCCAGAUGUGGCUUGGUAUUUCCACAACUACAUCACAGAGCUGGCAAAAUGGUACGACCUCGGCGAUGCUUUGCGCCAAUUUGCCACAAAGGUGCCGGAGCUGGCUCUUGACGAACCGCUUCUUUUCAGCGCCGUGAUUGCGUUAUCAGCCGAGCACCUGUGUCAAACAACGGGUCCCAAAAUUGCAAGGGAGAUGGCUGGAUUCUACCACAGCCGUUGUGUCGCCUACCUUAUCAAAUUGGACGAAAAGAGCGAGUUGCUGACGAAUGGCGUCGCGCUAGCAGCGGCGUGCUUGUUGCGGUCGUACGAGAUUCUCGAUGAGGAUAUUGACCCCAACAGACACCUUAGAGGAGCAUAUUCACUGGCAUCAUGUGAAAGCUCCAUUGCAGGGAGCCCCCCGGAAAGCCUCCUCGCCGCCGGAUUUUGGAACUACCUUCGGGAGGACAUCACCUUUAGCUUGUUCGAGGGCUGUCCGUUGAAGAUGGACGUGACUGGGUCUGCUGCUCCCAGAUUGACUAACAGCCACGACCAACUCCACUCCAUUUCGCUCAUACUUGGCCAAAUCAUCAACAAGGCCUUUAACUAUCAGAUUUCUGCGAUUGAGUGGCAGCAAUUUGCUGGUAUGGUACACGCCUGGCUCAGUGAGCUUCCACGACACGUCAAGCCAUUCUCCAGAGGCAGUGGUCCGCCACGAAAGCCAUAUCCGGCCCUCGUUCUCCAUCUGACGAUGCAAAAUCUCCUAGGCGGCAAGUUUAUACGGUCCGAACAAGCCAGGCAAGAGGUCAUCCGCCGCUUGGCUGCGUGUAAACGGCCUGUCGGAUGGCCCGUUGAACGCCUGAUCUCCAGUCUCAAGGACUCAUGGGCAGCAGCAGGACUCCCCGAGCUGGAAUCUCCAACUUUUUCUGGGGAAGCGGGGCCGAGUCCGGGUCUGCUUAGCGACAUGUCCCCCGCUUCGUAUUAA